AUGACUAUGGAUCAGCACGAACCUAAACAUGAGCCAAUAUUACCUACUGAAGAAUAUCCCUUGAAUGAGCCAGAACCAGAGCAUUGUCCAGGUCCAGAAUCUGGAAUGGCAGGAAAAGCAGAUGCGUGUUCUGGUUGUGCCAAUAAGGAAAUUUGUGAAAGUUUACCAAAGGGACCUGACCCAGAUAUCCCAUUAAUUACAGAAAAUUUGUCUGGUAUUAAGUAUAAAAUUUUGGUUCUUUCUGGUAAAGGUGGUGUUGGAAAGUCAACGUUUACUACUAUGUUGAGCUGGGCAUUAUCAGCCGAUGAAGAUUUACAAGUAGGUGCGAUGGAUCUGGAUAUUUGUGGUCCCUCUUUACCACAUAUGUUAGGUUGUACAAAGGAGUUAAUACAUGAAUCAAAUUCAGGGUGGACUCCUGUCUAUGUAACAGAUAACUUGGCUACAAUGUCAAUACAAUUUAUGUUACCAGAAGAUGACUCUGCAAUUAUUUGGAGAGGUAAUAAGAAAAAUCAACUGAUUAAAAAAUUUUUAAAAGAUGUAGAAUGGGACGAAUUAGAUUAUUUAGUUAUUGAUACCCCACCAGGCACUUCAGAUGAACAUAUAUCUAUUAACAAAUUUAUGAAGGAGUCUGGUAUCGAUGGUGCUUUAAUCGUGACCACCCCACAAGAAGUGGCUUUAUUGGAUGUCCGAAAAGAAAUAGAUUUUUGUAAAAAGGCCGGUAUCAAUAUUCUUGGGUUAGUAGAAAAUAUGAGUGGUUUCGUUUGUCCUAACUGUAAAGGCGAAUCUCAAAUAUUUAAAGCUACCACUGGUGGAGGUAGAGCAUUAUGUGAGGAGCUGGGUAUAAAAUUUCUAGGUUCUGUUCCAUUGGAUCCAAGAAUAGGAAAAUGUGCAGACUUUGGUGAAAGUUUCUUGGACACUUAUCCAGAGAGCCCAGCAUCUUUGGCUGUUCUUAAUGUUGUAGAAUCUUUGAGAGAUGCAGUAGGAGAUUUAUGA